AUGCCCCGACAACCAAAGCUCCGUCCCAAGACGAACAUCCCCGGUCUACCAGAGAAUCUGUAUAAUCUCACUGCGGUAACACAGCUCUCAGAGCUGGAAUGUCAGCAGGAAAUGGAGGAAAAGCCACAGCGCGUGUUCCGGGUCAAGCGCAAGCAUGUCCUGAAGGCUUGUGAUCGGUGCAGGAUCAAGAAGACCAAGUGCGAUGGAAAGCAGCCCUGUAACCGCUGCGCCGCGUAUAAUCAUCCGUGUCUAUUCCGCGAGAGAAAGGCUACCCAGACGAGAGUAUACUCGAAGGGCUACGUCGAACUCCUCGAGUCCAGCCUAUCCAUGUCUGUCAAAGGCCUCCAAAGCCUCCACAGAAUCUGCGUCGACAAUAACUGUUUCCCCGGCGAACCCCUACAAACGACCGCCGACGGCCACCCGCUAACUCACGACAUCCUCGAUCGAAUGGGCCUCAUCAAACAAGCCGAAGAAAGUCCCGAGGACCCGAGCGAGGAGUUCGAGGAUUUGCAGUAUCUACGGUACCUCUCGAGCAACUCGACCGAUGGCGCGACGACCGAUCCGUCCCCGGAGCCUGCGACGCCCCCUCAGCCGCCGUCGAGCAUCUGCAGCCCUGUCGAGUCUCUGCACAAGCCGUUCAAGUGGGAGGUCGACAUGCUCCCGACUACCCAGGCGGAGCCGCAGCAGCCGCAGCAGCAGAACUAUCAGUACUCCGGAUACUCGGGUGCAGGCUUCCACGCUCCACAACACCAACAACAAGCACAAUCGGGCCUGAUAAUGCCGCGUCUCUCCCUAGACACAACGGUAAGCUUGGGCAAUGACAUCCCCUCGUGCACAAGCACCUGCACAAGCGCCACGCUCCCCUCCGCAGCAACCAGUCACCACGACGCCCCUCUUGCGUCUCCGUACAUAUACUACGCGGAAGACCCGAACACGCGCAUCCAUCCCCCGAUGAUGCUGCCCACGGGACUAGAUGCCAACCCUCACUCUCAGCCUCGGCCUCACUCUCAGACGGCGACAGCUGGUCUGCCGAUUGACAUUCUGAAUGCGUAUCAGCAGCAUCUUUCUUCUUUACAGGAGCAGCAGCAGCAGCAGCAGCCGAUGUAUGCUGCUCUUGCGACGGGCUGGACGUUCCCGUUGGAUAGGUAG